GCGCGAUUGUAUCCCCCCGCGUUUAUACUCGCGAAACUCAUCGCGAUACACUAACCCGACGGCGCGUCCAACGUUUCGACGUAGAAGGUGAACUAUCGUUUAUCACUAUCGCCUCUUCUUCUUCAUCUUCAUUUUUUUCGCGUCUCGCGGCGAUACGGACACUUUUUUCUUCGCGACUGUGUGUUUCGUCGAAACGAUAUGUGCCAGCGUAAACGCGAUGAUCCCCAGUUAAGAAAACGAAUCGAGGCCACGCACGUGGAGAACGCGCUCGCGAUAUUAUACGUCCGCAAGUACCGGCGAGGGUGAGGCAGUGCGGUUGGGGAUUAUCCGCGCGGGGAGCGAGAUAAUCGUGACGAAAGUUUUCACGAAGAAGCUACGGUGGACCAGUUAACGGGAUUUCGUUAAAGAUACGGCUCCAGAUUUCUUCUCCAGCGUCGUAAUCUGUUGAAAACUGAUCGACCCUCUGCAUCGGCCAUACGAGUCGACUCUGGCAAUUCGAUCAGAAGAUCGUAAUUAUUAAAAAUUGUAAAUUGCAGUUUACAAUUUUUUGAAAGAGAACGUCAAGAAUUAACAAGCAUCAAAUAUACGUUGAUAUAUCGAAGCUGCGAGAUUGUACGGAAUGAUUGAUAAUUUGAUCUUCAACGAUAUGGGGAACAUGAUGCAAUUAGGCGAGAUCGAGGACGAGGAGAGCCUCAAGUGCAACGACACAGAUCGCGCGGAAUUGCCAAUCGAGUUCCGCUUCAAUGACGGCCACUUGGUGACGAUAAUCACUUACAGCAUCCUGAUGGUGAUAUCGGCCAUUGGAAAUAUUUCCGUGCUGACUAUAAUAAAGAAACGAAAGUCCAAGUCCCGGAUACAGAACCUCGUGAUGCACUUGUCGAUCGCCGACCUCUUUGUGACGUUCCUGAUGAUGCCGUUCGAAAUCGGAUGGGCGAGCACGGUGUCCUGGGAGGCAGGAGACGCGAUGUGUCGCAUAAUGGCUUUCUUCAGGAUGUUCGGCCUCUACCUUUCGUCCUUCGUAAUAGUCUGCAUAAGCAUCGACAGAUAUUACGCCGUGAUGCGACCCCUCCAAAUACUAGAUGUUCACAGGAGAGGGAAAAUAUUGCUGGCGCUCGCGUGGAUUGCCUCCGUACUUUGUUCCAUGCCGCAGAUGUUGGUGUUCCAUCUCGAGACGCAUCCGAAUUACCCCUGUUAUACCCAAUGCAUAACGUUCAAUAUCUUCCCGUCGUACAUACACGAAGUUUCGUACAGCUUGUUCGGCAUGGUGGCGAUGUAUUGGUUCCCCCUGAUCGUAAUAUUCUACACUUACACCAGCAUCUUCAUGGAGAUCUGCCGCAGAUCCAGGGAGAGGGGCGAAGACAGAAUACGUCGCUCCUCGUGCGGUUUCCUAAGCCGAGCGCGAGUACGCACUUUAAAAAUGACGAUAACCAUUAUCGCCGUCUUCACUAUCUGCUGGAGUCCUUACUACGUGAUGAGCGUUUGGUACUGGAUCGAUCGAUCGUCGGCCGUCAAAGUCGACCCACGCAUUCAGAGAGCUCUUUUCUUCUUCGCGUGCACCAACUCCAGCAUGAAUCCCAUCAUCUACGGCAUCUUUAAUAUACGGCAAAGAAACAGAGCACAGCUUCAGUCCCAUCCCCUUCUGAGGCCCGUCAACACAACUGUGGAACUUCCGAUCGUCGCGUACGCCAGAGAUUCCAUUUUCACCGUUUUCAUAAUAGCCCUGCCGGUCCUCUUUAACCCACCGAUCUCAUAUAACAGACGUUCAUCGCAUGAUCGUAAUGGUAAUUUGCUAUCUCGAGUACUAAUUGAUAAGUAAACCCUCCCACGCGUAUUGCAUCCGCAUGUUUCCCCAAGCGCGAUUAAUAUCAGAGCGAUUGCACGUUGUUGCUUUUGAAGAGAUUGGGGAAAGAGGGAACAUCUGAAGACUCAAUGUCUGAAGCAGACACGCGAAGGCGUUUUUCAAGAAAAACGUCCGAAACGCCUUUCAAGACGUCGAUUUAGACGAGAUUUGGGGCUUUCGACACAGAACUCCACAGGUUCCACGAAAAUCUCU